AUGACAACCCCAACCCCAACCCCGGCAAACCCAUGGACAUCCCUCGAGUCCCUCAUCCUCGUGCAAGCAGUCUACCGUCACGGCGAAGACAGCUGGACGCAGGUCUCCAAACUGCUGCGGAACCACCCCGCAUUGUCUCGUGCGCCUGAGUUUUUCGUUCCCAAGAGCUGUGAACGACAAUAUCAUGCACUUUUGGCUGAAGCGACCGAAGCAGAUAAACGUUCAGCACGGGAUGUGGAGGACCCUAAUGCAGUGGACCAGCUCCCAAUCGCGAAAGCGGCGCGCAGACUGCAUAUCCAGCGGAUAGAUGAGAUCAAGUUGAAGUUGCGGGAGGAGGAGAUAUUGUUCCGAGAAAUAGUGCAAGAAAUCGACGAGAUCAAAUCCGGCAAAUGGGAUGCAAAACUCCGGGAAGCGUGGGAGGCUGAACAACAAAAGACCAACGAGGGUGGUGAUAGUGAAUCUACCGCCAUGGAGGUGGACGAUGCAGCAGCAGCCGAGCAGGGUGGUGGGGAUGUCCCCAUGGACGUAGAUACAAUGCCAGCAGUGGUUACAGAUGCCGGGCUACCACCCCGCCUGCGCUCUGCAUCACCUGUGAAAAAGACCCUCAAUACACGGAACAGCAACUCGCCAAUACCGCCACCCGAAAAACGCACCACGUUAGAAAAACUCAAAGUCCCCGUGCAUACUGCCACCGCCGUGCACCAACAACACCUGUCGACUGCGUCACCGACUUCGGAAGCGCCGAGCACGAUGUCGCCUGGGGGGAGUCCCGUGAAGGCGCGGGGGCCUGGACGACGGGGGAGCCUAGCAAGCGCGAAAAUGAAAUCCAACUCGGAUCCGGAUCUAGUGGAUGUCGAUUCGGGGGCAGAAAAUUCCGACGGCGCCGACCCAACCCGCCGCCGCAGCACAACAACCCUCACGUCCAAAAACGACCCAACCCUCGCCAUCUGGAAAAAAACCGUCUACUUCAUCCUCGCCAAAAUCGCAGACCACCGCUACGGCAACGUGUUUGCCUCGCCCGUCCGCGAGGAGGGGUACCAGGCGGUUGUGAGGCAGCCGAUGAGUUUAGAUCUUGUCAGGGCGAGGGUUCGCAAGGGGAUUACGACAACAACAGCAGAAUUCCACCGCGACCUCCUGCAAGUCUUCACUAACGCCAUCAUGUACAACAACGAGGACACGGAGGUGUACUCCAUGGCAUUGGAGAUGAAGGAGUUUGUCGAUGCUGAGGUGCAGCAUUUGACCAAGUAUGCGAAUGAUCCGGGGAGUCGAGGGAGGGAGGCCAGUGUUGAGGGUGGGGAGGGGUUGGAAGGGGUAUAG